UAGUGUUAUAGUUCCCUUAAAUUUACCAUACUAUAAUGGUAAUACUAAGCUACCUACCCUAAAGGCUCAUAUUGGCAGUCACUCUAUCUAUACUUUUGUUGAUCUUUAAUUAUUUGAUACUUCUUCCAGAUCAAUUUACGUUGGAGAUGGAUCGUCAUCGGCACCAUUGUGGUUCACUUCGCCAUCUGGUUGGUCUUCGCCGUCUUUUGGUACAUCACUGCCAUGGCCCACUACGACUUCGAGCCCGACCCGCCCAAGAGGACCUGCGUCACCGGAGGAAAGGACUUUGUUACUAUAUUCUUGGCAUCCGUUGAGGCUCAGACUACAAUCGGUUUCGGAGAUCGAGCUAUAGACGAGGAGUGUCCAGAAUCAAUAUUCCUUUUCAUUAUGCAAUUAAUCCUGGGCACCGGUCUAUCAGGGGUAUUGACGUGUGUCGUGUAUGCUAAACUGACGCGCCCAGAAAAACUCUCAAGAGAUGGCGUUGGCUUCAGCAAAAAGGCUGUGAUCAGUAUGCGUGACGGGCGGCUGUGCCUCAUGAUCCGGGCCUGGGACCUCAACUAUGACCAUAUCAUCAGCUCCGAGUUCACCGCACACUUCGUUAACACAUAUAGAUCGAAAGAAGGCGAAGUGAUCCGGUACUACGCGCGCAGCCUGUCGCUCCAGCAGCGACAGUUCCUGCUGUGGCCGGUGACGCUGGUGCACGUCAUAGAUGAGAACAGCCCGCUCUAUGGAUACACUCCAGACCUGAUUGCUUAUAACAGUUACGAGAUCACAGUUAGCCUGAAGGGUGCAUCAGCGUCAAUGGGCACGUUCACUCAGAGCCAGACGUCGUACCUGCCGAAGGAGAUCGCCUGGGGGUACCGCUUCCCCGCCGUCGUCAAGGUUUGCAGGUAUGACGUGCACAAGCAGAAGUACGUGAUCGACCACAAGAAGCUGGACCUGCUGGAGCCAGUGGACACGCCGUACUGCAGUGCCAUGGAGCUGGACAGAACCACGACGCCGGUGAAAUCAGACUCAACUGUACCGGGCACACCGCGCACCCCGGGGGGACACUUCAGCGAGACCGUGUCCUCCUUCCAUCUCGAGAGGUCCUCAUCCUUCAGGAAAAAAUCCAAUAAGGCAUAAUAAUACUGUCGGCAUAACUUUUUAUAAAUAUAUUGUGGUAUGGCACCAGGUAGACCUGAAGGUUGUAUGUUGAAACCGAAAGACUGGUGGUGGACAAAACUUGGGUCAUAUUGGUAAGAAUAUUAAACAAUUGACCAAAUAAAUGUAAUGUAUGUAAACUCGUCGUGUCUUCAAUAACUUUAUACUGUCAGUACCAAGUUAAUUUUUCCAGAUCGUUUCAACUUUUUAGAGAUAGGAUAAGAGAAGUACAGAGUCUUGACUGUCAUUUAGUCAGUAUUAAGACCACGCCAAGGACUCGCGCGAUGUAGUUCAAUCCCCACGUAGGACAAGCAUUUGUGUGAUGCACGAAUCCUACGAGUAGCUCUGAGUUUGGAUGUCUUUGUGCAUGUGACACACAAGGAUUUAAUUGAAAUUUGAUUGCAGGAAUUGUUUUUUUUUAUUUUAACGCAAAUAAAAUCUUAGAUUGUAUAUUUUCUGUUUCAAUCAAGGUGUUUGUAUUGUUUGCAAAGAAACCGAGAUAAGUCUUGUAUAUCUGUGUUAUUCUAGUAUUGUAGAACAUUAAAGAGAUUACUAGGUUUAAUUAGUUUAUUUCAAAGGUACUCUUUAGGAAUUAAAAGAAUUAUAGGAAGUAUUAAUUAGAGAUAAUUGUUAUCAAUCCCAUUAUUAUUCGAAACAAUUGGACUAAAUAUAUGUAUAUUGUAAAUA